AUGGCAGCAGAGAUUCGAGCUCCCAAGCGAGCAAGAUUCUCUGGUGGGAUCGUCACCAUCAAAGCUGGCACGGGAGAAGGACAGCAGACCUUCAGCAUCCACGAGGACGUGAUCAAGGAGAACUCGCCUUUCUUUCGCGCCGCACUGGACAAGAAGUGGAAGGAAGGCCAGGCCCGUGCCGUCGAGUUGCCAGAAGACAGUCCUGAAGUGGUGGCUGCCUACGUCGACUGGUGCUACAGCAAGGAGAUCAUGUGCAAGAAAGCUGGGUCAUCCAACGAGUACACGCGUUUAGAUAUACAUCGCGAGCAGUGGAUCUUAGCGGAACUCUACGUCUUCGGAGAGAAAGUCCAGGACGACUCCUUUUGCGACUCUGUCAUGACCGCAUUGACCGAGGCCUGCGAGUUGGAAGUGAACGAGCCCUUGGAUGAGCAGUUCGGCUAUUGCUUCCUCCCAGAGGACGGAAUCGUCUCACUCAUCUACGAUGGUAUACCACCUAACUCUCCUGCUCGUCGCUUCGUCGUGGACAUGUACGUAUCAUACGCGACGAAGGAGUGGUUCUCACCCAGCACUCCAUGGCUGAAGAACCCAGAGUUUCUGAAGGAUUUGGUCGUCGCCAAUCUCAAAGAUUCACCACUUCAGCAGUCGGUUGAGGCAGAGGUUCGCAGCAGACGCAAGGAGUGGUUCAAGCAGAAAUCAGACGACUGA